UCACGAAUAUAUAUACCUUAUAUGGUCGGAAACUCUUCCUUCUGAAUGUUACAUACUAUUCAACCAUUCUAGUUUACCUUCACUGUACGAGUAACGGGUAUAAAAAUAAUGUAAAUUAGAAUAAAUAAAAAUAAAAAUAAAUUUAUUGUAGAACUUUUUUGUUACGUUUUUUGGGAGAUUUUUCUGUAUAUUAAAAGGUAUUUACAGGUAUUUUCCAGAGGAGUACCCGGGAAAAACCAUGCUAAUUUUUCGGUACUCCCGAGGGUUUCCUCGGCAACUUCGAAUUCCUCGCCACUAACGCCUGUGUUAUGGAUAUUCCUCGCCGUUUAAAAGAAAAAUACUAAUGAUAUAAAGCAAUUUUGUAUACAUUUUCAUAUAUACACAUGGGCAGCUAUUUUGUUUACGAUUCCUGUAGUUGUCAGUGGCAGCGCAACGCAUCAUAGGGAAGUAUAAAAUUUAUACAAUUGCAUUAAGAUGGAAGAACUUAAAGCUGGUGUGUUUAUAGAUGAUAUCUACACCGUGCGAGUUGAGCAUCCAAACCUUUCCAGUAGCAAAAUAAAGUUUAAACAAGAAUGCUUUAAAUACAGCAAAGCAUUCACAAUUUUUAAAAAGUUUGUGUUUAAUUAUUGUAAUAUAUCUAUCUUUGCUAACGAUGUCGAUAGAAAACUGCGCGCUAUUGGUACACAAAAUCAAUUAAAAACGGCAUUUAUCCAGCGCCAGAGUAUGCAGCAAGUCUAUCAAUAUGAGAUAUUUGAGCAAACGGUAGAACUUGAUCGCUUAAAAGGCGAAUUGCAGUUUUUACAGCGAAUUGAAACUGAACAACAUGAAAUAGUAAACAGUUUUUUUGUCAAUCAAUAUUAAAAUUUAAUCCGAUUACAAAGACGUUUUCCUUAUCUGGUUAUUGUGUAAAAGGUUCUUACGAUAACAUGUAAGACUGCAUAAUAGAACUUUUGUCGUUGAUCAGUUAUAUGUCUUGCCAUUUUUACAACCGCUUACAUAGCACACCUGUGAAAGAGGCGGUGUACGAGGAAUUUGUGCCUUUAAAGGAAAUUCGUAACCUGUGGCAACUAUUACAUAGUUGCUAUUAACAGCGACCGUUUUGCGCUGCCUCCAUGUCACUGGAGUCUGCAUGCCUAAAAUCAACUUUCUAGCUUUUAUAGUUCCUGUGAUCUCGACUUUCAUACGGACAUGGUCAGAUCGACUCGGCUAUUGAUUCUGAUCGUGAAUAUAUAUACCUUAUAUGGUCGGAAACCCUUCCUUCUGACUGUUACAUACUAUUCAACCAAUUUAGUUUACCUUUACUGUACGAGUAACGGGUAUAAAAAUAAUGUAAAUUAGAAUAAAUAAAAA